CGAAAUACUCUUUAUUCGAACGACACCGGGAUCUCUUGUUCAGUAGAUCACCAGCCUUUCUCCGACGUUUAUUACGAAUUAUUCGGUGACUCGGUGACAACUACAACUUUUGUGUGUGGAGUGCGAAAUAAUUUCUGAUUUAGUCUCACACCUACAAAUUUUUGUUACUGGAGGAUAACAACUGCAUUGCAGGGAAAUCGAAAUUUUUCCACACAACAACAACCAGACACAAAACGCGGGCGCGAACGAAGUGUUCACCUGAGUGAAAAACUUAAAAUAAAUAAUAAUUUUCAUUAUUCAUUAAUUAAUUUUAUAAAUUAAAUUUACAAAAAAAAAAAUAAAAAACAAAAAGUAAAAUGUCCUCGUCGCAAGCAGUACGCUCAUCGAAAUACUCGUAUAGGGCCACCUCAACUGGACCGAGUGGAGCUGAUAUAUCCAUUGAAUACAGCUCUGAUUUGGCCGCCCUCUCCCGUUUGGAGGAUAAAAUCCGUUUGCUCCAAGAUGAUCUUGAAGCCGAACGUGAAUUGCGCCAAAGGAUCGAGCGCGAUAAGGCCGAUCUCAGCGUUCAGGUCAUCCAGAUGUCCGAACGUCUUGAGGAAGCAGAAGGUGGCGCUGAACACCAGUUCGAGGCAAAUCGCAAACGUGACACUGAAUUGUUGAAGCUCCGCAAAAUGCUUGAGGAUGUCCACCUCGAAUCCGAAGAAACUGCCAUUCUUCUGAAGAAGAAGCACAACGAAAUUAUCUCGGAUUUCCAAGAACAAAUCGAAAUCCUAACGAAAGCGAAGUCUAGGGCUGAGAAGGAGAAAUCCAAAUUCCAGGCCGAAAUUUACGAAUAUCUCUCUCAAAUCGAAUCCUACAACAAGGAGCGAAUCGUUACCAGCAAGCAUGUCGAAAGGCUGGAAGUGACAAUCUCUGAAUUGAAUGUGAAAAUUGAGGAAUUGAACCGCACAGUCAUUGACAUCACAUCGCACAAGACCCGCCUCUCGCAAGAGAACAUUGAAUUGAUCAAGGACGUCCAAGAUCUCAAGUCCCAACUGGACACAGUCUCAUAUUCCAGGAGUCAAGUCGUCUCCCAAUUGGAAGAUGCACGCCGCCGUUUGGAAGAUGAAGACCGUCGUCGUUCAAUGUUGGAAUCUUCCCUUCAUCAAGUUGAAAGCGAAUUGGAUUCGACUCGCAUUCAACUCGAAGAAGAAUCGGAAGCUCGUAUUGACUUGGAACGUCAGUUGGUCAAGGCCAAUGCCGAUGCUAUUACCUGGCAAAACAAAUACCAGACCGAAGUAGUUGCCCGCGCUGAGGAGGUCGAAGAGAUCCGUCGCAAAUAUCAAGUGCGCAUUACCGAGCUUGAGGAACAUGUUGAAACACUGAUUGUUAAGAUCAACAACUUGGAGAAACAAAAGACUCGCUUGGCCAGUGAAGUUGAAGUGCUCAUUAUCGAUUUGGAGAAAUCUAAUAACACUUGCCGCGAAUUGACCAAAUCGGUCAACACACUGGAGAAGCACAAUAUUGAACUGAAGAGCCGUCUCGAUGAAACGAUCGUCUUGUACGAGAAUAGCCAACGUGACCUGAAGAACAAGCAUGCCGAUUUGCAGCGCACCAUUCAUGAAUUGGACAAAGUCAAGGAUGCUAACAACCAAUUGGCACGUGAGAACAAGAAAUUAGGAGAUGAUCUCCAUGAAGCCAAGGCUACAAUCAAUGAGUACAGCCGCCGUUUGCAUGAAUUGGAAUUGGAGUUACGCCGCUUGGAGAACGAGCGCGAUGAAUUGACUGCUGCCUACAAGGAAGCUGAGGCUGGUCGCAAGGCUGAGGAGCAACGCGCUCAACGCUUGUCAUCUGAGUUCAACCAAUACCGCCACGAUACCGAACGCCGCCUAGCUGAGAAAGAUGAAGAGAUUGAGGCUAUUCGGUGA